GGUGUGGAUUAUGAGAUCAGUUGAAACAAAAUCCCUAACAACAAAACCCUUAUUGCGUAAAUAUCAGAAUGUCUGCAGAUGCUCUAGAGUUCCUGAAGAACAAAUUCCUGGAUGAUUUGCGAGAAGCAGAAGACGAACACCUGCCUCAUGAGAUCCCUUUCCAUUCUUCUUUUCAAGAAAUUCGAAAACUUCUGCAAAACAGGAAGAUAACACGUUCACAAGACUGUAUGAAGGAUUGUCUUAACCAACUAAACUUCACAUUGGCCAACUGCAUAAUCUCCUUGGAGAACCGCAAAAUGCAAAGAAAGAAAGAUUCGUGGCUUGACCCCUACCUUCUGCCAGCCCUCCAGUUUAAUUCUGAAACAAGAGGGAAGUUGCUUGCCAUCAAGAAAAAACUUCUCAGUACAAGUGACGAAUCCCAAGCCAAGAGUUCCCUUCCUGCCCCAAGUCCAUGGUCUUGCUCCUCAUCCUUAUCAAUUGAUCAAAUUCCACGAGAAAUUGAUAAACAAGGCGAGGAGAUAGAGCAUUUUCUUGUGGACGCAAGUGACCGUGAUAAAGGAAUAACUAGGAAAAUUGGAAUCGUGGGGCCUGGGGGUUCGGGUAAGACCUUGGUAGCGAGGAAGAUUUUUGCUAUCCAUGUGAAUGAUUAUAGAAUUUGGAUCGACUUACCAUUGAAAAUGCGGGAAGGAGAGAAAGAUUAUAAGAACAUUCUUGAAGCUAUGUUGAAGCCGAACUCUGAUGAGCAGCAUAGAGGUAUGAAUUACAAAAAUUACAGUGAAGAGAAACUACUGGAGGAAGUCUGCAAAGUAUUGAGGAGUAGAAAGUAUUUGAUAGUGUUUGAUGGAAUUUAUGAUAUAAACCUGGAAUGGUACUCCAGGUUAGAGAAGAGAUUAGGGUGGGAUAAUGAAUCAAAACAAGACAGAAACGGCAUCAUCAUCAUCACCACCAGACUCCCCGGUGUGGCUGAGAGGAUGGUAGGCUCCCAAAAUUUAUAUCACAUGCAGCCCAUUUCCAAUGAGGCUAAUUGGAAGCUGCUUGCGUCUGUUCCUGUUGAUGGUAAGGGCAUUCAUCUUCCUGAACAGAACGGAUUUCUGCUGAGGAUGAAGAAUGAAAUUGAGGAAAAGUGUGAUGGUCUCCCAUUAGCUGGAAUGACAUUGGCAAACGUCAUGGCUCAGUACAUCAUUGGAGAAGAGUUUAACUUUGAAAAACUUGUAUUGUUGAUGAUCAAUCCCAAAGACAGCCCAAAGCUGGGGGAGGAUUUGAUUACAUCACGUCGUAGUAUCUUUCAACAAUUUCUGGUCUGUGAUAUUUCAGAAAUUGCUUCCCAUCAAACAUUCGAUGACUUUUAUCAAGUUGUUAGCACUCCAAGAUUAAACUUCUUACAGACGCCAGAAAGAAUACUAGUCUUUGGUGGGGAUGCUACUGCUAAUCGGGUCCUUGGAGCACUCUCUGACAGAGAAGGCCUUCCCCAUCCACUAGUUGCCAUGGUGCCUUUGGGAAAUGAAGUCAACAUUUCAGUUUCGCUUGGAUGGGGAAAGCGAGUUACGGAGACAGAUUAUAAGCCAGAGAUUUUGUUGCGCAAGUUGCAGACUGCUGAUGAGAUAUUAAUAGACAGUUGGAAAGUUGUAAUGAGGAUUGCAAUUCCAGAUGGACUUAAGCUACCAAAUACUGUUCAUAUUAAACAACUUUCUGAAAAAGAGAUUCUGUUCAAGGGAGGUGACAAAGAACUUCAUGCAAGAUUUUGGAACUAUUUUAUCAUAGGAUUGGAUGCUCAAGAAUGGUAUGAUUCCUCUGGUUUUAAAUCUUGGUCAAGGAAUGCUACUCUACCUAUAAGUAUUAAAAUCAAGGAUCAAGGUCAGUGGAAGAAAUUAGACUUUCCUCACAGCAUCAAGUCAAUUGUAUGCCUUAACAUGCCUAGUUUUCCUGGUGGGCUAGAUCCUUGGGGGUUACCAAAUCAGAAGAAAAAACAAAAAAGAAACUUUACUGCUUCUUAUGUGGAUGAUCAACUUCUUGAGGUCAUUGGAUUUAAAGAUGCCUGGCAUGGGGAAGAUUUUCUUCCUCUAGAUAUCCACGGGACUCGACUGGCCCAGGUGGAUCGGAUCCAAUUUGAGCUUCAGAAAGGAGAAGCUAAGCAUGUCUACAUGAGUUUUGAUGGAACAAAAUGGAAACAGCCUACCCCUGAGGAUGAUGAUACAUACCCGAUUGGCAUAUCUUAUUCAUGUGCAACCAAAAUGCUUGCAACUCAAACGUCAAAAUGCAAACUUCAACCACCAGCCAGUAAAGAUGAAACUAAAUAAUCAUAUCAACAAGUUAACAUUUCCAUUAAUAUCUCUAUUCUCAAUAUGCCUUUAAAAAACUCAUUAAGAUGUGCCUUUGGAUAUAGUAAUCAUAGCUUUGAAGACUCCAGGACCUCUAUGUUAUACUGGUGUAAUUAUAUUCAGUUUGAACAUUUGUAUACAUUGGAAAAUAUGCAUUCCAGGUUCACAA